AUGCCGAAUGACGAGUGGCAAGAGACACCCAAUGCCAAAGUGAGCAUUAAACCUGCUCAACGUGUAUUCAGAGGAGAUACAGUCACUCUCAGAUGUGAUAUUGAUGGUGAAGGAGUCACUAGCUGGCUGUACAGCUGGUAUAAAGACGAUGCAUUCUACAGCUCCAGUGAACUACAGGAAUACACAUUCAGUCCUGUUACUGAGUCUGACGCAGGUAAAUACUCCUGUUAUGGAGCAGAGAGAGGGGGAUCACUCACCUCAUUCAUGAGUGAUGGAGUUAAACUGACAGUAUCAGGAGUCACUAGCUGGCUGUACAGCUGGUAUAAAGACGGUGCAUUCUACAGCUCCAGUGAACUACAGGAACACACAUUCAGUCCUGUUACUGAGUCUGACGCAGGUAAAUACUCCUGUUAUGGAGCAGAGAGAGGAGGAUCACGCACCUCAUUCAUGAGUGAUGGAGUUAAACUGACAGUAUCAGUGCGUGCGUGCGUGUGUGUGACUUGUUGUCAUUGUACAGAGACACCCAAUGCCAAAGUGAGCAUUAAACCUGCUCAACGUGUAUUCAGAGGAGAUACAGUCACUCUCAGAUGUGAUAUUGAUGGUGAAGGAGUCACUAGCUGGCUAUACAGCUGGUAUAAAGACGAUGCAUUCUACAGCUCCAGUGAACUACAGGAACACACAUUCAGUCCUGUUACUGAGUCUGACGCAGGUAAAUACUCCUGUUAUGGAGCAGAGAGAAGAGGAUCACGCACCUCAUUCAUGAGUGAUGGAGUUAAACUGACAGUAUCAGGAGUCACUAGCUGGCUGUACAGCUGGUAUAAAGACGAUGCAUUCUACAGCUCCAGUGAACUACAGGAACACACAUUCAGUCCUGUUACUGAGUCUGACGCAGGUAAAUACUCCUGUUAUGGAGCAGAGAGAAGAGGAUCACGCACCUCAUUCAUGAGUGAUGGAGUUAAACUGACAGUAUCAGAAACCCAGAAAGCCAAACUGAGCAUAAAACCUUCUCAACGUGUAUUCAGAGGAGAUACAGUCACUCUCAGAUGUGACAUUGAUGGUGAAGGGGUCACUAGCUGGUUGUACAGCUGGUAUAAAGACGGUGCAUUCUACAGCUCCAGUGAACUACAGGAACACACAUUCAGUCCUGUUACUGAGUCUGAUGCAGGUAAAUACUCCUGUUAUGGAGCAGAGAGAGGAGGAUCACGCACCUCAUUCAUGAGUGAUGGAGUUACACUGACAGUAUCAGGUGUUUCUCCUGGAGUCUCUCUGAUCAUCAGUCCCAACAGAACUCAGCACUUCACAUCUGUUUCUCUCUCUCUGAGCUGUGAGGACCAGAGUAACUCUGAUAGAUGGAGAGUGAGAAGAUACACAGAGAGUGGACAGUGGGAAGAUUGUUCAUCAUCAGUGUGGGGAUCACAAACAGGAUCCACAUGUACAAUCAGCUCCACCAACACAUCAGACACUGGAGUGUACUGGUGUCAGUCUGAAUCUGGAGAGAAAUAUCACCCUGUUAAUAUCACUGUACACUUUGGUUUGAUUCUAGAGAGUCCUGUUCAUCCUGUGACUGAAGGAGAUACUCUGACUCUACGCUGUUUAUAUCAACAUUCAACUCCACCAAACCUCAGAGCUGAUUUCUAUAAAGAUGGAUCACUCAUCCAGAAUGAAACUACAGAGAAGAUCAUCUCUACUGUCUCAAAGUCACAUGAGGGUUUCUACUACUGCAAACACUCAGAGAGAGGAGAGUCACCCAAGAGCUGGAUCUCAGUCAGAUUGUCUCCUUCAGAAUCUCAGAUCUCUGGCCUCCACACACUCAGUUCUGUUCUGGCAGUUAGUCCAUAUCUGCUAGUGACAGUCGUGCUGAUUUUCAAAUGCGGCAGGAUGAGAGGUGAAACAUCUGACUGA